CCCGCCAUGGCGGUCCCGCGCCGCUCGUGGCUCGUGUUCGGCUUCAGCCCCGAGGAGGCGGCGGGGGAACCGGAGCUGGGGCCGGGCCCGCGGCGGCUGGAGUCGGGCCCCGAGGGGGUCCGCCGCGUGUGGCCCGCCUGGAGCUACGUAGUCGUGGAGACCGGCGCAGGGCUGGAGCUGCGGAGCGCGGGGCUGCGGCGGGCGCUGCCGGGCUGGGUCGAGGCGCUGCCCUCGGAGACGCACCUGGUGCUGCGGGGCCCUGCGGGGGCCCGGGCGUGGCCGCGGGCGGCGGCGCUGCGGGGCGAGCUCGGGGUCGCGCCCGCCUGGAGCCGGGAUCCGCCACCGGGGAGCCUGGAGCCCCGGGACCCGCUGCCGCUGCUGCCCGGCGGCUUCGUCAUCCCGCGGCCGCCGUUCUUCAGCGCGCUGCCCGCGGGGCUGCGGGCCCGGCGGCUGGUCCUGGGCUGCGAGCACGUCCUGGUGCUGGGCGCUGUCGGGGAGAUCUUCACCUGGGGCGGUGGCAGGCGACGUGCAUUUGGGCACUGUCGUGGAGCAGGAUCAGGCCCUUUCUGCUGGCCGAUGCCGCAGGCGUUGUGGUUUUUGGUGCAUCCCAUCGAUUUGCUGAACGCACGUCUCGGAUGUGAUGGUUUCACUGGGGUUCAGAAAGCUGCGGUGGAUCAGAGCGGCAGCAGAGCAGCAAACAGCGACCGUGACCUUCUUCUGGUGCAAGUUUGGCUUUGGGAAGCGCUCUGGACGUUCUUCUGGUCCAACCACAGAGCUGGUCAUCGCCGACUGUCAUAUAAAAUCCACUGCUUGUCACACGUCACAAUCAGAUCUAGAAAUGGUUUGUUUUUGUUGCGUAGAGUAAGAGAAGAUGACAUUUCAGAAUGACAAUUUUUUGGCUUUUCGGUCAGCUCACGAGGCACUCACUGAGCUUUUUUGCCUUCCCAAUGUGCUUCAAACGCCGAACGACUGUCAAAUGGUCCACGUCAAGUUCUUCGGCAACUUCUGUAGUUGUAAGAGGAUCAGUUCGAUGGUCACUCUUGUUUGGUUGUUGUCACCAUGAUCCCCGUCAUCAAGGUUCUUGUCUCCUUUGCUGUGCGUCCAUGAGCAGUUCCUGCACCAAAUGUGCUGCUGAUGUUGCAAGUUGUCUCGCUGCUUUACAACCCAUUUUGAAUAAGAAAAUAACUCGAUUUUGCUUUUUGUCUCACAUCAUUUCCAUAGUCUAAAAUAUCAAAUAAACAGCAAGUAAUAAGUCAGUAGCAAAAAAACCCAUAAAGCGAGAAAAGCACGUUCAAAUAAUGCGUACAUAACCACAUUUAUUUAAGAAUGUAUUCCAAAUCAAAUGGCAAAUUCCAACAAUGCAAGAACUGCAA